GCGGCUGAGGUCAAGCUGGAGAUAAGUUAAACCAUGGCGUCUCUGCCUCCGUUUAUACGACGCCGUUUCCUCAGCACCACCACCACCACCACCACCACCACCACCCCCACCACCACCACCACCACCACCCCCACCAAUGUCUUGAAGAAAUGGGCCGUGAAGGAAGUGACGAAGUCCAACUUUUCCGAGUCCCUGGAGAGUUCAAGGACCACCUGUCCAGCUCCGACUUCGUGGCCUUCUCGCUGCAGAAAACGGGGUCAUAUCGUGCGCCGUGGCGCCACCCUCAGCCCUUCGACACCGCCGACACUUCGUAUUUCAAGGCCAAGUACGCCGCUGAGCGCUUCCAGCUCCUCCAGUUCGCAGCCUGCCCUUACACUCUCAGAGCCUCGAAGCUUACUCCUUACCCGUCCAUACAACUUUGUCUUGUUCCCAAGGGAUGAAUUGAUGAUGGGUUUGUUGAUCAGUUCAAACAUCACAUUUGACUUCCAUGGCGGAAGAAGGUUUUGAUUUCAAUGCCUGCAUAUAUAAUGAUGCUCUGCUGAGUUCCUUGAGAAAAAUUGUAAUGGGAAGUGAAAUUUACGGAACAGACCCGGCAUGAAUCUAGAUGUUUGAAGUGAACGUCAAGUGCAGCUUGCUCUGGAGAUGUUGAAAGAGUUCUCUGAUGAACUUGUUCCUUUAAUAAUCCCAGCAAAGGGAGGAGGAACUCAGGCUGUUCGUGCUGUUUUGACAAGUUCUACAGCAGACAAGGACUGGUUUGAGAGAGAGCUCCAAAACCUUGAGGAGGAACAAAACAAGAGAGUUCGUGGAUUUCAAGAGAUUUCAGUUAUUCAUUCAGAGUUUCUCUCUCCCCUCCCGACUAAUGUAGACGAGUUCAUGGGUUCCUUGCACUCGGUUUUUCCCCACAUACUUGAUGUCAACCAUCUGAUGAAGAAUAUUGGCCCUCUAAGAAGGAUGACCAAUAUUCCUGCAGCUAUUUCGUACUUGAAUAAUCAUUACUUCGCAGCCAUUGAUAUGGAAAUUUUGCCUCAAGAAAGUGAAGGCAACAUUCAAAGGCAUAAUGUGGUGAAGAUGUGCUAUUUGUUUGCAAAGCUCUGCUCCAUUCUGAAAAUUUCCGACAACGCUAUGGUAUCUAACAAUGCGAUGUUGGGGAUGAUCAAGAGCUUGUUGUGCAAGUUACAUGCUGUCUUCUCUGAAGAAUUUGAUGUUCGGUUAUUGGACAAGAGCUGUGCCAUUGUUGUUUUCUGGCGACGUGGUUUAUCUGAAACUUUUUUGGAUGCCAUGAGCAGUGAAGAGAUUUGUGACUCUUUAAUGGAGAUCGCUUCGGAGGGCAUAAGGGCAUCAAGUUACGAAACUUACAAGAAAGUCUGCAGGUUAGGCUUAUGGGAGGCAGAUAUGGCGGAGUCCCUUGACAAAGCCUUGGAAGACUUGGACUACCUUACGGAAGUUAAUUCAACAACAAAUUCUAAAGAAAUUUAUUGGUCUAGCAACUGAGCGAUAAAUUUUGAUGACUUGUAAUAUGUAAAACUCCAUAUGUUAGAAAUGAGAUCAGUUUAGUCCCGUUGUACAACCGCGAA